UAUUUGUCAGAAUCUUAGGCCUGCGUAUUGUGAUCGAGAACAUUUUUUUAUGUACUACUUGUGUCGUCGUAGACCGCGAUAUGAAUGAAUAUUGCGAUAUCUCCCAUUAAUUGACUCUUGAAUAGUCUUGCCUGCCUGGUAAAGCGUUGACGGAAAACAUGCGCUUGAGUUGAAUUGUUGUUUUUCGAAGCUAACUUACACACAGACAGCCGCUCAGAGUUGCAUGAGACACGAUAAUGAGUAGACAAUGUCGUGAAAAAUUGUGUCAUUGAUCUCUUGCGAAAUUUCUACACUGACAUUGAAAUGAAAUGGGUCACGGAAAGCAUCGAAUUUGAUCAGAUCAAUUGUUUUAAAGAUCAAGGAUCAGUCAUCUCACAAAUCCAAUGGUAUUAUAUUGCAGAAAAAUAUCAAAUUUCACAUCAUAUCUGACCUUGAAUGUAAAUAUUAAUUCUUGAAAAAAAACAAAAACUUUUAUUUCAUCGUUUUUAAUCUUAUAUGAAGAGCCCCUUACCUACUUCUAUUAUCUCUUACCUACUCCAAACACAAAAAUUGUAGUAAUCGUUGCUGGAAAAUAUUAAAACGCAGUUGUAAAUAAAAGUAUAUUUAAAAAAAAUGGAUCCAAAGAUCGCAGAUGAGCGUUUGCCGCUUCUGAAUUCACAAAAGGAGACAAAAAGUUUUUGCAUUCCUCAACGAUGGGUCCUUGCAAUUAUGGGCUUUUUGGCGGUAACAAAUGCAUACACCAUGAGAAUUUGCUUGAAUGUAGCAAUUACAGAGAUGGUGGUGAAACAUCAAGACGAAGGAACGGUAGAGGAUGGAUAUUGUCCAGCAGCAAAUGUGACUGAAGGAGGCGGUGGAUCAACUGGGGGAGAAUAUGAAUGGUCCGAGGCUCUUCAAGGUCUCAUUUUGUCUGCAUUUUUCUGGGGUUAUGUCAUCACGCACAUUCCGGGCGGCAUAUUAGCUGAGAAAUUUGGCGGAAAGUGGGCAUUGAGUUUGGGUAUUUUGUCAACUGCUAUUUUCACGUUAUUGACACCAUUGGCUGUUGAGCUUGGCGGCGCUAACAUGCUUAUCGGAAUUCGUUUCUUAGAGGGUCUCGGAGAGGGAACGACUUUCCCAGCAUUAAGUGCUCUUUUGGCGGCUUGGAUUCCAUUAAACGAAAGAAGUAAAAUUGGUUCUCUUGUAUUCGGAGGCGGACAAGUAGGAACUAUUCUAGGCACUUACUUGUCAGGGGUCCUUUUGCACAACUUUGACUGGCCCUGGGUAUUUUACUUCUUUGGAGUAAUUGGUCUCUUGUGGUUUAUUCUUUUCACUUUGCUCUGUUAUAGUGAUCCAGGCUCUCAUCCAUUUAUAAAGGACAGAGAAAAGGAGUAUUUGAACAAGGAACUUGGUCAACUAACGCGAGACAAAACUCUGCCUCCCACACCAUGGAUGGCUAUUAUCACGAAUGGUCCCAUGUUGGCACUCAUAGCAGCUCAAAUUGGACACGAUUGGGGAUUCUUCAUCAUGGUUACAGACUUGCCCAAAUACAUGAGCGACGUUCUUCAUUUUUCAAUCAAAGAGAAUGGUUUAUACUCAUCCUUACCUUACAUGAUGAUGUGGCUUGUAUCCGUUACGAGUGGCAUCUUAGGUGACUGGCUCAUCAAAACUGGAAGAAUCGGUAUCACUGCUUCGCGAAAACUUUUCACAACAAUUGCUUCAGUGGGUCCCGCCAUUUUCAUCAUGCUCGCUUCUUAUGCUGGUUGCGACAAGACUCUGGUAGUAGUUCACUUUACCAUUGCUAUGGGUAUUAUGGGAACAUUCUAUCCUGGAAUGAAAGUUAAUCCACUGGAUUUGAGUCCAAAUUAUGCUGGAACAUUGAUGGCACUUACGAAUGGAAUUGGGGCAAUCACGGGUAUCAUAACGCCUGCUCUCGUUGGAUUGAUGACACCAAACCGAUCGAUCAAUGAAUGGCGCCUUGUAUUCUGGAUUGCUUUUGGAGUCUUCAUGGUAACAAAUUUGAUUUACGUUAUUUGGGCCUCUGGCGAAGUUCAGCCAUUCAACAAUCCAAGAUUACUUAACAAAUCGUACGAGGAAGACGGAGAGGUACCAGAAAAGGAGGAAAAAGACGCUGAUCAACAAAUAGAGUAUGUGAAGCAAUAAAAAAUAGAUUACUUUCGUAUUUCGUGAUAUUGCACACAGGGACAACUUUAUUUUAUUACAUUGUGGUUAAUAAAAUAAAGAUUUUUAUUUAUCAAU